CUUUACAGAGUGAAGUACGUGCGUCGUUGACAUACAACGGAGUGUAUGCGCUCCGACUUCGAUCGAUGUUUCUUCUUCGAAGCGACGAGGAAAGUUGGACAAAGUUACGAGCAACGAUAUGGAACCGCAAGACGUUUACUACAGCAAGGCGGAAUACGUGGAAACGGCAUCGGGGAAUAAAGUGAGCAGACAGACGGUGUUAUGCGGAUCGCAAAAUAUCGUGUUGCACGGAAAAGUGAUCGUACAAUCGGAUGCUAUUAUCAGAGGCGAUUUGGCGAACGUGAGAACGGGACGUUAUUGUAUCAUCAGUAAGAACGCCAUCAUAAGGCCGCCGUUCAAAAAAUUCAGCAGAGGCGUUGCCUUCUUCCCUCUGACGAUGGGUGACCACGUUUUCGUAGGAGAAAGAGCAGUGGUUAACGCAGCCAUCGUCGGUUCUUACAUAUACAUUGGAAAAAAUGCGGUGAUCUGCUCUUUCAACUACGCAGGGAAGGAGGUGCGUCUUGAAGGAUUGUUGUUACAUCGAGGAUGGAGCUGUAGUUCCACCGGAGACCGUAGUUCCCUCGUUCACUCGUUUCGCCGGCAAUCCUGCCAAGUGCGUCGAAGAUUUACCCGAGUGCACCCUCGACCUCAUGCUAGAAUUUACCAAGAAUUAUUAUCAACACUUUUUACCGUCCACUGCUUAACUCCAUUGGUGGGGUCGCGUCACAUAGUGACUCUGAUGCUGUUCUUCGGCAUGGCGAAUGCUUACGUGAUGAGGACGAAUAUGUCCGUGGCGAUCGUGGCGAUGGUCAAUCACACCUCCAUCACGGAGAGCAAGGAACCUGUGUUGAACGAGUGCGAAAAAGAAAGCGCGCACGAGAAUGCGGGCAACGAUACUUCCACCUUGGCCAACCAUGACGGAGAGUUUCAUUGGGACAGCACCAUGCAGGGUUACUUGCUCAGCUCGUUCUUCUACGGUUACGUCAUCACGCAAAUACCAUUCGGAAUACUCGCGAAACGUUACGGAUCGAAAUACUUUCUUGGCAUCGGUAUGCUGAUCAAUUCGAUGUUUGGACUGCUGGUCCCUGUGUCCGCACGUGCCGGUUACCACUGGCUGAUGAUCGUUCGAUUUAUCCAAGGUUUGGGCGAGGGUCCUAUUGUGCCUUGCACACACGCGAUGCUGGCCAAGUGGAUACCGCCUAAUGAACGUAGUAGAAUGGGAGCCUUCGUAUACGCUGGCGCCCAGUUCGGCACUGUUAUUUCGAUGCCUUUGAGCGGCGUCCUGUCCCGGCACGGAUUCGACGGCGGCUGGCCCUCCAUCUUUUACGUGUUCGGCGCCGUCGGCACCGUAUGGUGCGUGGCGUUUCUACUCAUGAUCUACGAGGACCCGGAGAGCCACCCUCGCAUAGCCGAGGACGAGAAGAAGUACAUCCUGAGCGCCUUGUGGGGCAACGCCGGCGCCUCUUCCCCACCGGUGCCGUGGUUCUCGAUCGUCACGUCGUUGCCGUUCUGGGCCAUCCUCAUAGCGCACAUGGGCCAGAAUUACGGAUACGAGACGUUGAUGACCGAGCUGCCGACAUUCAUGAAGCAGAUCUUGAACUUCGACAUCGAAUCGAACGGCACCGUUUCCGCCCUCCCUUACCUGGCCAUGUGGAUAUUCUCCAUGUUGAUCUCCCACGUGGCCGACUGGAUGAUCUCCAGCGGAAGGUUCAACCACACGCUCACGCGGAAAAUCGUCAACAGCAUCGGCCAGUUCGGGCCGGCGAUCGCCCUCGCGGCCGCCUCCUACACGGGAUGCAAUUCCUGGCUGACCGUGACCAUUCUCACGGUCGGCGUAGGGCUCAACGGCGGCAUCUAUUCCGGAUUCAAAGUAAAUCAUCUGGAUAUCUCGCCGAGGUUUGCCGGCAUUCUGAUGUCCUUCACCAAUUGCCUGGCCAACCUGGCUGGCUUACUGGCGCCGAUCACGGCCGGAUACAUAAUCGUCGGGCCGCCGACUCAGGCGAAGUGGAGGCUCGUCUUCAUGAUCUCGGCCGGCGUUUACGUCGCCUGCGCCACCUUCUACGUGAUAUUCGGCUCGGGGCAGCGGCAACUCUGGGACAAUCCCGACAAGGACGAAGAGAGGCAACACGAGAAACAAGACUUGCGAUGCGUCAAAACUGUUUCGGAAACGCAACAUUGACGAGGCAGCGUUAUCUUCUUGCGCCCUCCUCCGCGUGUUUUUCGUUUCUGCGUCAAUCUCAUUUCCUUUCUCGUUUUUUUUUCUUUCUUUUUCUUUCAACGCGACCGUGCAGGAAUAAUCCGUCCACGGUCGCCUCGAUCGGUCUCCUUCGCUUCUUCUCUCCUCCGUCGGUUGUUAUUGUUAUUAUCGUUCAUCUCGGUCGGUAAUCUCUGAACUGAGAAUCGGAAAUUUGAUUUGGCGAGAAACGAUAAAGGGAAAGAAAAGAAAAGAAAGAAGCAUCGUCGGGAGUCGCGCGUGAAUGCACUUGAACGUUAGACGAAAUCCUAGAUGCGAGAAAGGAGAAACGAAUUAUUAUUUUCCAUCUUUUUUGCUGCGCACGCGAGGAGUCGUUUGUUCUUCGCUCGUAUGCCGAGUUGAAACGCAGGCAAAUUAUUUUCCGCUUGUAAGGUGAUCUAAUCACGAUCCUACGUCCACAACCACGGGCAAAAUUGAAGAAAAGACACGUGUCCUCGGUUAUGUACGUACGUUUGUGCAUGCAUUUGCUUGUCGGGAGGCACGGGGAAGAGAGAAGAAGAGAAUGAGAAGCGUGUGAGAAAAAGUGAGCGAACGAAAAAUAGAGAGCGGGUAUAAUUUUACAUUUUUUUAUAGUAUCUUCCUUUUUUUUUUUUUCUCUCUCUCUUUUUUAUUUAAUCGCCGAAAUUACGUGCCUUUCGAUCAAAGAUACGAGUAACAAAGAUCAAAUCGACACGUUAAUUUCCUAAUCGAUAUGAUACGAUACAGAGAUGCGGCUGGCAACGUAAGCCGGAAGGAACGUUCGAUCCAAAUUCUCAUUUUCUCUUAUUUCUGUAUGGUACACUGAAUUUGAAUGGAUCGCGCAUUCCUUCCCCCCCCUUUUUUUUUUCUCCUUGAUCAAAGGUAGUGUUCGAUGUAUCACAAUCAAUCGUGCUUUUGCGCAAAGUGCGAUGCGUUCGAAACGCAUAACGUCCGUAUACCAUUUAUAUACGAGGAAACGGAGAAAUACGAUAACAGUAUUAGAGAAAAUAUCCUCGCAUCUCUUCGGUCUUCGUCUUCGUUCGUUACUUGCCAUAUGUUGUAGCGAGCAACUGCCAUUUUGUAUUGUUAGAUCGACAUCGAGCGCGAGAAAUAUGGCGGAUCGAUUGCGAAAACACUCGAGAAUUCGUUAUUGAUAACGUGACGCAAUACAAUAAUGGUUUAUAAAUAUUGUACAUAUUUUUACGUAUAGGUUUCUAUCGAAUUGCACGACUUGGACAACUUUUUUUUGCUCCUCCUCUUCUUCUUAUUUAUGCAAAUGUGUACAAAAUGGAAUGAAAGGAUACGAAGAAAGAGAAAAA